CGCCUAUUCUACAAGGCACAAGGAAGCAAGCCGCCAUCUCUUUAUUGCCUACUAUCACUAGCCGAUGGACAUCGACGCACAACGAGCCCUCAUAACCACCGCUGACGUCCCUUUCAACGAUUCCACCGACAGUGUUGAUCUGGUGAUUCGCACAGCCGAUAAUGUUGACUUCUUCGUCCUCAGCGCACUACUAUCACUACGAUCCCCAUCGUCGUUUUUCCGUCAGGCUUUGCAAGGCAACAAGCACACAGAGGAGAGAGAUGGCUUUCCCAUCCUCAAAGUGACGGACGACAGCGACACAUUCCGGACUAUACUCCUACUCUGUUAUCCAUAUAUCGCCCCCGAGAUUGAAAGCGUACAGAGAUUUCUAGCAGUGGGGUUGGCGCUGGACAAGUACUGUAUGGAUCAUGCAAUGGAGAGGUUCGUCGCCGCUGUGCUUGCGUCAUCCGUGAUUAGCGAACAACCCUUACGGGUAUUUGCUCUGGCUGUCGCCAACGGAUGGAAAGAGAUAGGAGAAGCGGCUGCUAGGAAUACUCUUGCCACACCUCUCAAUCAGGCGAUAUCAGAUGUCGAGGAGUUGAAUGAAAUUAGUGCCCGCCAUCUCUACUGUCUUCAAGAUUAUCAUGCACGGUGCGGGAAGGCUGUUCAGCUCCAAGGGCUACGAGCAUCGAUUGGGUUCAUGGCGUAUGAUGAAGAAUGCCGGCCUUUAUAUAGCCGUACGUGGUUGACCGAUACGUACUUUCGGCUGGUGAACGCAAAGCUGCUAUUGGAACCCUGGCCACAGGUUGCUCUAGAUGAUCACAUCAUUAGUCAAAUAGUUUCUGCUAAUACCAAGCAAUGCAGAGGUCAGUGGAACGAAAUCGCUGGCAGUCAGAUACGCCGUCUUGGAAAGAUAGCAGCGGAGGAAAUCGAUAGGAGAAUUUCAGAGGUUCCCUUGGGCAUUGAAUGGCGAAGCGAACACCAGAAUGAGAAGGACGGGGCUUGGAAUGCAAUCUGGAAAGUAUUCGGGAUGUCCGGUUGAAGUCCGCUGAGUUAGAAGACAUCUGUAAAGGUUGUUUCGCGAAAGAUUUUUCUAGGGCCAUCUGCCAGGUUCUUUGACAAGACAAAGUGCAGCCAGAGGUAUGCUUCAUAUAGUUCUGGACCAAGGUACAGAAGACCUCCAGUCGAUAGUGCCACUGCCCUUCAAUAUCGUCACCUC